AUGCAGUACAAGCUCCUUUCCACGCUUCUAUUUAUUGCUCCGGCUCUUGCCAGCCCCGUCGCCACCGAGACUGAAUCGGCCGACUCUUUGGACAUUGAUCUCGGAGUUCCCAGCUCCAUUCUUGCUGUUUUGGAAACUGCUAUUCCUGAAUCAUUCUUCACACAGAUCGAGGAUCCAGCAUACCAGUCCUCCCUCGAAAGUGACCUCGCAGCCGGUACCUACCCUGCCUGGUACAACAGCCUUCCCGAGAGCGUCAAGGCAUGGGCUACCUCCUACGACAGUGAUCUCUUCGGUAGUGAUGUUACUACCACCGCUGAUAACACUGCCGCUUCUACUGCCGCUGCUACUGCAACUGCCACUGGCGCCGCUAGCUCUAGUGCCGUUGCUACUGGAACUGCCGACUCGACAGCUGCUGCUUCCUCUGAUGCUGCUACCACUGGCACUACCACUGGCGCUACUACCUCUGGUGAGACUGCUACCAAGUCCACUGCUUCAUCGUCUACCUCUACUGGUGGUGCCCCUGCUGCCACCGCUGGCGUUGCUAUGAGCUUUGCCGGUGCUGCUGGCCUGCUGGGUUUUGCCCUCGCUCUGUAA